ACAAGGUCGCUUAUACACGCUACAUGAACCAUUUAUUUAUUUACAAUCAAUUUCCAAUCAGCUUCAAAUGCUUUUCAGAGUUCAGAACGGACCUCGAUAAGAUUCCCCAAGUGUUUACUUCCACGUCCUGACUGUGGUUCAUACGAAAAAAAACUUCAUCGCUGCCGCUGCUCCCGGUGAAUGGGUGCCACUCUUCUGUUGAUUGGCCGACCAUUCUGUGCAAGCCAUGGGGCCGCUUCCUCAGCCUUCGUCCCUAUGACACUGCAACGAGAUCCAGUCAAGUAGCGCCUCCUCUGCUUCCUUUUCCUCCAGUCACCCUCCAGUCGACUCAAUCAUCUCUGCUUCCCCGGACGCUUCCUGUUCAGUCCAGCUGGCUACAGCUCACCAACUGUCUAGCAACUGGCGUCAUCCUUUCGCGUGUCUGAUCUACAACUCGCCUGUAGUGCUACUCCAAUGGAUCAACAUUUAUCAUCUUCGCCUUCCCAGACGCGCUCGCCCUCUGUUCUCACUCCGCUGUUCUCUUCCUCCCAAGCUGCAUACUGCUCUUCGCCCGUCGAUCUCGCCUAUAGUUCAAUAUUAAAUCCGUACACGACCCCAUUGGCCAGGGUUCAUGCUCCUCAAUCUAGUCUUUCUAUCUCCAAUACCCAGACUCAAGCAUCACCUGCAGCCCUCCGUCCCCCAUUCGCACACCGAACCUCCUUACCCGCAAGCUACAACAUGUCCUCCAAUGGUAUUUUCCCCUCGCCAAUUGGUGCAGCCUCGCUCAAUUCAACUCAGGCAUAUUAUCCGGCGUAUUCCUCCUACAAUGGAUACCCAUUGGCAAUACCGAUCGCGGCACCUUUGGCGACCAUGCCACAGACAAGCUUUCAAGAAAAUUCGCCAAAUGACGAUCCCUCGAGCACCACCGUUUUUGUUGCAGGUCUUCCAGCCUGUAUCACUGAGGACACGUUGAAAACCUUUUUUCAAAACUUUGGAGAGAUAGCAUAUGUGAAGAUUCCGCCGCACAAAGGAUAUGGCUUUGUGAAAUAUGUUCGACGGGAGGACGCUAAACAGGCUAUCAUCAAAAUGAAUGAUUUUCCUAUCCAUGAAAAGUCUCGGAUCAGGCUGAGCUGGGGCCGCUCACUUGGAGACAAGAAAGUGGAAUAUGUCAAAAAGCUAUCGUCGACCUUGGGAAUUUCGUUUGAGUCUGUGUGGAAAAUUGUACAAGGACAGGAUCCUGCCGCAAUCAAGCAGAUCGUCUCUACCGUCUGUGGUCAUAGUAUUGGCCAAGCGUAUGAGCAAUCAAACCCACCAACAACUAGUCCUUUGGAUCAGCUGCACCAAGUUGAUUAUUUUCCCGAGUUCACCCCCGCCACCCAGAGUAACGCUGCUUCCAUGAACGUCUUUCCGAGCGUGAUUUCUACUCACAUACCCGCUUCGUCCAUCGAUCUAGCUCACAAGAACGUUUCACCUGAUGUCCCGGGACUCUCCAUCCGAACCGAAGCUCAUCGUUUUCCAAGCGUCCAUGCUGCCACGAGCGAACCAACGAAAGAAUUCCAACCACGUCAAACGCCUUCCCGCACGCUAGAGUCUGCUCUGCCGUUCAAUUCGCGCCCCAAAGCGCUUUCUCAAGGCUCCGGGUCCGCCUCUCUCCCUCCCCCCUCUUGGGCGAUGCGCCACUCUUGGCAAGAAUUGGCUCCAAGUGGGAAGUCUUCGCAACCGGUCGAAAGUCCCACCAAUUCGGUUGACGGGAUUCGAUUCCCUGAUGCAGGCACCAGCCGACGGGCCACGAUCCCAUCCGUUACACCUUCCACCUUCCAUUACGAUCAUCUGCCUCCGUCUCAGCGAUAUCAAGCGGCAUCCCCGGCGAGCGCUUUCCUUUCCAGUAGUCAGGCAAGCUCAAUGGAUAGCUUGGAGGCCUCUACUUUUGGAUUUAAAAAUGUAGCCAAGGAUCACAACUCAGUUGUCAAAGGAAGAGACGAAUAUCAUUUAGGCUGCGAUGGAUUUCUUCAUGAGCUAUUGGAGGAAGGUCGGGAGGGCGCCGGUUCAGAGCAUGAGCCUUACGGAUUAUAUAAGACGCACGCUUCGCAUCUUCCUGGUGACGGAUUAAGAUCGGAUUCAUCUGUGUGGAGUACGCCUUCAGUCGCCAAGUCAUCGCCACUCUCAGAGAGAGAUGGUUCGGAUUGGCCGCGCUCAUUCCUGGGCUCCAAAUCGACCACCGAAACUGCAAGCGUGAAGAACAUAUUCGACUCAGCGUUCAAAUUUUCAUCCCAGUCGCAUCAGACCCGCGAGACGGACGACUGUAUUAAAGAUACCCCUUCGGGCGGCUUGGAUUCCUGGAGUUUCCCAAGCUCCGUCGGCAAUCCUAACAGGAUCGUCAACCCCAAUCUGUCCGAUCCAUCCCCAUCACAUCUUCCAUCCGCUCUCAACUCCGCCUUCAAUUCGUUAGACAGCUUUUACUCUCUGUCACUGUGAGAAACACGAAUUCCCCCCAAAAAAUGCCUCAUCUGGCAUACCUUCUAUCUACGCUCAAGAUCUCUAAGUAACACAAUGCAUACACAUCUGUCAAAAUGUACAUUCGCGCAAUCUACUCCUAGUGUUUUUUUCCCUUUCAUAUUUGUCCCGUAAAUCUAUUGUUAUCCUAACCAAGUUCCAAAACCCCUAUCUGCUGAGUAUCACUAAAUUUAGCAUAGCUCUUGUUUGAUAAUACUAUUGUUCCCCACCAAGCUUUUGACUCGCCUGCAAGGAGAUUACAUCCAUGAAAUUUCGUUAAGUCAGCCUGACACGUCGUCGCGCAAAUUAAGCAUUUUUUUUUUGGAGGAG